GUUUGCCAGCGUCUGUCGUUUGAUGUGCUACGAAUUGUGAUUGGUGCGUUGCCGCAAAUAUGAGUUGUCCCUAUGCAGGAAAUGGAAAUGAACACGACGAUUCAGCCGUACCAUUGUCAAAUGAAAUUGGCAAAAUCUAUGGUGAAUACUUGAUGUUGGAUAAAGUAUUGGAUGCCCAAUGUAUGCUAUCAAAGGAGGAUAAACGACCAGUUCAUGAUGAGCAUUUGUUUAUAAUUACGCAUCAGGCCUAUGAGUUGUGGUUCAAACAAAUUAUAUUUGAAUUUGACUCCAUACGUGACAUGCUCAAUGCAGAGGUCAUAGAUGAAACCAAAACUUUGGAAAUUGUUAAGCGACUGAAUCGUGUGGUUCUCAUAUUAAAGCUUCUAGUCGAUCAGGUGCCCAUAUUAGAGACAAUGACCCCAUUGGAUUUUAUGGACUUUCGCAAAUAUUUGGCACCCGCAUCGGGAUUUCAGUCAAUGCAAUUUCGUUUGAUUGAAAACAAAUUGGGUGUACUGACAGAGCAGCGUGUGAAAUAUAAUCAAAAGUACUCGGAUGUCUUUGGUAAUGAUGCCCAAGCCUUAAAUGCCAUACGCAACUCUGAGAUAGAGCCAUCGCUGUUGGAAUUGGUCCAACGUUGGCUGGAACGUACACCAGGCCUAGAGGAGGAUGGUUUCAAUUUUUGGCAAAAAUUUCAGCAAAGUGUCGAUCAAUUUUUGGAUGCUCAAGUGCAAAGUGCCAUGGAAGAGCCCGUGGAGCAGGCGAAAAACUAUCGUCUCAUGGACAUUGAGAAGCGUCGCGAAGUCUAUCGUUCCAUAUUCGAUACGGCUGUGCAUGAGGCAUUGGUGAAGCGUGGUGAUCGACGAUUUAGUCAUCGCGCCUUGCAGGGGGCCAUUAUGAUAACCUUCUAUCGGGAUGAGCCGCGCUUUAGUCAGCCGCAUCAGCUGUUGACAUUAUUGAUGGAUAUAGACUCGCUGAUUACCAAAUGGCGAUAUAAUCACGUAAUUAUGGUACAACGCAUGAUUGGAUCCCAACAACUGGGCACUGGCGGUUCAUCUGGCUAUCAAUAUCUACGUUCGACUCUAAGUGAUCGGUAUAAAGUAUUUUUGGAUUUGUUCAAUCUAUCAACGUUUCUGAUACCAAGAGAAGCAAUUCCGCCGCUCGAUGAGUCCAUACGCAAAAAGUUAAUCAACAAGAGUGUUUAGAACGGAAUCCAAUCCCAGAUAUCAACCAAGAGACAUCGGAUCACGAAAUUAAAAACAAAGAGACUUUUUGAAUCGUUCAAAUAUUGUGUAAAAGAGAAACUUUAAAUAAAAUUUGUUAUUAAGAAAGUUGGGGAA